AUGGCGGACCGGUUCUUCCCAAAUAUAAUGCCAGAUUUCGUAGCCGAAACUCCAACAUCACCAACCCAAGAAGCAGAACCCGAAAUUGGGUCUAGCUCACUCAUGAAACUCCUCUCCAUGCCUUACCCAUCUCUCUCCGAGCGCUUCAAGCGCACAGCUUUGGACCUCAAAGAAACCAUACUCACAGAGACAUGGGGAGCCACUGGUCAACGCGUCCAUGACUUCACUCUCUACUCUGGGGCUCUGGGCACUGCCCUUUUGCUCUUCAAAUCUUACCAAGUCACCAGCAACACGAAUGAUCUGAGUCUUUGUUCUCAGAUUAUCAAGGCCUGUGACUCUGCUUCUCUUGGUUCAAGGGAUGUGACAUUCAUAUGUGGCAGAGCUGGUAUUUGUGCUCUUGGGGCUGUUGCAGCAAAGCACCUCGGGAGAUUAAGCUGUCAAGAAAUCUCCCUGAUGAAUUGUUGUAUGGGAAAGUUGGGUUUUUUGUGGGCUUGCUUGUUUUUGAACAAACAUCUUGGUGAGGGUACAAUUUCUUCAGCAUACAUGAGAGCAGUUGUGGAUGAAAUUAUCAAGAACGGCCGAGCAUUGGGCAAGAGAGGAAGAUGCCCCUUGAUGUUUGAAUGGUAUGGGGAGAAGUAUUGGGGAGCUGCACAUGGAUUGGCAGGGAUUAUGGAUGUUUUGAUGGACAUGGAAUUGAAGCCAGAUGAGUUGAAGAUGUCAAGGGUUUUUGGAGAUAAAGAAUUUAUGGAAGCAGCCGUUGAUGCAGCAGAGAUGGUGUGGAAACGUGGACUUCUAAAGCGAGUUGGCAUUUGCCAUGGCAUUAGUGGGAAUGCAUAUGUGUUCCUUUCGCUCUACCAACUGACAGGAAAUCUAGGGUUCUUAUACAGAGCCAAAGCUUUUGCGUGCUUUCUAGUUGAUAGAGCUAACAAGCUUAUAUCGGAGGGAGAGCUCCAUAGAGGUGAUAGCCCUUACUCCUUGUUUGAAGGGGUGGGCGGUAUGGCUUAUCUUCUUUUGGACAUGAUUGAACCUUCUCAGGCAAAGUUUCCUGCUUACGAACAGUAA